UGUGAGUUCAUUGCUGAAAGCUCUUCUCAUCUGUCGCCAUGUCAUCGCGCUCGACCGCCAUUAUCUCACACGGAGAGAUUGAUGCAAAUGCUCGUGAAACGUAUGGCAAAACUGGACAUGUGUUGCUCCGAAUCGGAAAUGGUGGUGCAGGUGCUACUGGCUUGAUCAAAGAACUUGCCCAAGACUACCUGGAGUCUCGAAGCAACCGUGGUUUGAUUGAGUGGAUGUGCAACCACUCCCGCAACACGCAGCUAGCGCUACUGAAAGGGUCCAUUGACUUUGCCUUGACUUAUGAACGUGACCAGGAAGCUUUAGCUCAGGCUGAAGGAUGGUCAUACACAGCUGGAUGCGUAUUCCACGACCACUUUUGCCUAGCAGGACCCCUUACAGACCCUGCGGGACUGGCAUCCGCAGAUUCAUUACCUGAUGCUUUUGAGAAGAUCGCUGCCUCGGGCAGCCUGUUCCACAGUCGUGUCGACCAUUCUGCAACUAUGUGGAAAGAACGCGAAAUCUGGUCCUUGACUGGCCGGGAGCCAUGGGAUGACCAAGCGUCAACAUCAUCCUGGUACAAGAGAAGCAUUCUAUCGCCACCAGAGGCUCUUAAAGGGGCUGAUGCAGCUGGUGCCUACUUCCUGACUGAUCGGUCAACAGUCUUGCGGCAGACUGGACUUGGCACCAUUUCCAAUUCUACCAUCUUCUUCGAGCCAACUCACUCAAAGGAUGUUUUGAUGAACAGUUGCUAUGCUUCAUUUUCACCAGAUAUGGUAGAGGCGGAUACCCCCGCGGCACGCCAAGUACGCGGUUUUUUCUUGUACCUUGUGUCGCCCCGAGGCCAGGCGGUGAUUCGUGACUAUGGCAUCGCACAAACAGGAUUGCCCCUGUUCGCUCCUGUCGAAGAUGGUGUCGCAGUGACGCGUUUGCGCGGAGGACGCCCAAUUGGCGGCAAGUGGGUAAAGGACACCGAGUUAUUCAAGGCAAGAUUGUAAAUGUAGAGAGGUCAUCCUAAUGGAGGUAUCUAUAUGUUGGGGUACCCCAUAACGUCCCACUUCCCCUCACCUUUACAGUGACAACUUCGCCCGGGAUGAGAUCUACACAGUUGUCCUCCAAAGAAACACCGGAUACCUCUUUAAAGACCAACCCUUUAGUGGGUUUGCUGGCUGUGAGUUGAUAACCAUCUGGACCGACUUGAACC